GGAUUUCUUCGUUUUAAGACAUAUGUUUCCAUUUUCUAUUUUAAAAUUAUUCACAUCUAUAAUUGGUCGAUAAAUACAUGUCCGAGAAAACAAGUUAAAACACUCGAGGGUUUCCCUUAUUACAAUUGACAUUAUAAGUAGACACUUAAUAUAUUCUUAAAAUAACAAAAUAAAAAAAGAAAAAAAAAUAGCUUAUGCAUAUACCUUGUCAUGCUAGGCCUAAUUCUAUAUAUACACACAUAGCCCCAUCUGACACCUUAAUUUUCUCGACAUCAUCAACCAGGCAGCAUUUUGCUGGGCUCGGUAUAAUUAAGUUGUUUUCGGUUGUCAGUUAUUACACAUCUAUGUACAAUUCUGGCAAAAUAUUUUAGAAAUCGAAGUUAGAUUUUUGAUCAGUUAUCAGUUGAAGUGCAUGGAGCAAUUGCCCCCCAAGGCCCCCAUCAGCAUGGCGGCGCACAACUGGCCGUCGUUCCCACUGCAGAUGAUGCCGGCGGGCAACUCGUGGAUGGACGAGUUCCUCGACUUCUCGGCGACGCGGCGCGGCGCCCACCGCCGCACCGUGAGCGACCCGAUCGCCUUCGUGGAGGACGCGCACAACCACGGGUUCGAUCGGCUCGACGACGAGCAGCUGCGCAGCAUGUUCUCCGACGACCUCAUCGCCCUCGGAUCGUCGUCCAAUCCCUCCUCCACGCCCUCCGAUCAGAACAGCGACGACGAUGACAAGAGGACCGCCGCCGAGCUCCACCGCCUCCACCCCAAGCCUGAACCGGGAGAGGUCGACAGCUCCGGUCAACCGCCCCCGCCUCAGACGAAAUCUUCCGACAACGCUCCCGGAGAUCCCAAGCGGAUCAAGAGAAUCUUGGCAAAUAGGCAGUCCGCUCAGAGGUCAAGAGUGAGAAAGUUACAGUACAUUUCUGAGCUUGAAAGGAGUGUUACAACAUUGCAGACGGAGGUAUCGGCAUUGUCGCCCAGAGUAGCAUUUUUGGACCAUCAAAGGCUUCUAUUGAAUGUGGAUAACAGUGCUAUUAAGCAGCGGAUAGCGGCGUUGGCUCAAGACAAAAUAUUCAAAGAUGCCCACCAAGAAGCACUGAAGAAGGAGAUAGAGCGGCUGAGAAAAGUCUUCCACGAGCAAAACAUGAAGAAGAAUAUGGAGAGCAACGACGCGCCACCGCCGGCGGCGGCCUCUCCGCCGUUCAGCAAGCGGGGUCGGGCGGAGGAGGAAUAAUGCUAUUAAUUGAUGGAGCAUUACAUUCUAGAGAUUAAUUUUGGGAGUGAGAAGCAUGCGAAUGCCAUCACAUGGUGUGUCUCUAUCUUUCUAAUCUAAUAGUGGGGCCCCUCGCUUCUUCUUUUAUUUUUUUUUAAUUUCUAUUUUUUAAUUUGGGUGGUGAUUAAUUGGAGCCAUUGUCAGAAAGAAACGUGGACAGUUGCAUAUGAUCUUGGAUUUGGGUAGGGUUUUAUUUGUCCAAACAAAUGACAAAUGGAACAAUAUGAGGGGGAUUAAAGAGAGAAAAAAGAAAAAGAAAAAUAUAUGGGAAUUGCUAGGAACAAAUUCUUGUGACAUCCUAAUUUGUUAAGGUCUUUUUCUUGGCUUCUUCUUGGAAAAAUUCAUUAUUAUUUGUGUUUUUUCUUUAAUUCUUGAUUCGCAAGUAGAUCGGAGUCAAUUUCUUUGGAAAGUUAGCAUAAGAUCGGUUUGUGGGUCGUGAGAUCGUUUGUGUGAGGAUAGAUUGAUUAAUUAGACUUUUGUAAUAUAACAUUUUGAACAUUAUUUAGACAUUAUUUUUCAA